ACAAUAGAUCCCUUCCUCAACAGUAGAUCCCUCCCAGCAACAAUUGGACCCUAGCAACAUAAGACUCCUCCCCCCCAUAUCAAUAAUAGAUUCCUCCAAUGACAAUAAAUCCCCAUCAGCCUACAUCAAUAGACCCUCCAGCAUACCCCAGCACCCAGGGGCGGACUGACCAUUUGGGAACUCGGGCACUGCCCGAGGGCCUGGGGUCAGUACGGGGCCCCAUGUGAUGCCCCUGGUACCUUUAUCAUAGGCUUUUUUGAGUUUGGGCAAGGACUCAGGGGCCCCAUGAUCCCCUAUUGCCCGGGGGCCCCAU